CGAUGUUUUACUAUUGAACUGAUUCAAGCGUUUAAUCUACAAUAUACACACUUUCUACAUGCUUUCAGACUGGCUGCCGCCGACAAAUAACGAAACUUUACAGUUAUUGACAUACAGAUUGUCUUAAUGUGUUAGCUGGGACUCUGAUGAACUACAGUAUUGACACAGAAGUAAUGCCUCGGAUUAAUCUGUUACGUGUCUGUCUGUCCUGCUGGUCACGUCUCCCUAACCGCCACAUCUCUUCAGCGAGUGGCAUUGUCUCCAAUAGUAAAACAAUUCCAACACUGACUUGUUCACCGUCAUGUGGCUUAAGAUGGCCAACCAUGAUGGAUUUAGCAGGACUACCAAGAGUGUCUUUGGUGCGACAGUAUAGCAGUGACAGUGCACAAAAGCAAUCAGCUAAGACACAUGAUUUGGAACAGAAUGCAUUCUUUGAAAAGUACAAGCAGAAACUGAAGCAAAAACAAAGUGAAUCGCCUGAUGAGUUCCAAGAGAAGCUGGAAGAAAUGCAGGCAGAAAAACAAGCUGAGCUUGAGCAGUUAAGGAGAGACUUAGCUCCACCCCCUGCUGAUGCUGAUGGUGAGCCCAGGACAGGGGCUAUCCCUGGCAGCUGGCCACCAAAAAGUUUACAUGAGAUCAUGAAGGUUGACCUGCUGAAGGACAGAACUCCAGAACAAAUAGAACAUAUUUGGAAAGAAUAUCAUGUAUCAAAAGAUUGUGUGUUUGGAGUUAUCAAGGAGUUGGAUUUUGAAUAUCUAAUGGAGAAAGCUCGUGUGUGUCCUGUGUUUGUGUAUCCAUUGCCGCGACAAGAUGGAUUUGAGUUUAUUCUGUCACAGUUCAGUGGAAAAGAUGUGUACUUUACCCCUCUUAUAAUGUACCAGACACAGAAAGAUAAAGCCUUGUCCUGUCUUACCCUCACUCAUUUCCAGGAACUUAAACAAGAAAAAGGUAUUGUUCUGAUGGCUGGCCAGUAUAACAGUGAUAUUCUGACAAAAAGUGAAGCCCUAAUUUUAGUGAAACAGAUGACAAUGUAUUAUAGUCAACCUGGCGUGGAGCGAUUCAACCUGGUCCGCUUGUUCAACCAUAUGCCAGAGAAAUUUCACUACCAAGAAAUCAUAUCGGAGUAUAAAAAGAUGAAGAAAAUGCUUGAAAAAGAAGUGUAACAUUAACAUAAUCAGAUUAUGGACUUUAUUUUCAAAUGUAAUGCCAUAAUUGUACAUAUUAUUUUUAUCAUGAUUGAUGUUCGAUUCAUUUGGUGUUACAUGACCUAUAAUUUGUUUGUUGAAUACAUGCAUUUCAUUUUCAUUUUAACAUACAUCUUUCUGAAGAAGCAAAUCUUUGGAAAUCAUUAUGAAAUGAUCCUUUGUAUUUAUAACUGAAUUAGAAUGUUAAUUAAGAAAACAUUAAGAUGAAUAAAAUUAUCUUUUAAAACUUUCA